AUGUUCACUAUGUCAAAUCGUUCGCUGACGCCUCCUGAACGCUCAGAUACACACACGCAGCUGGUGGACGCAGAAGAUCCUCCGACCGACUCGGAGGCAGAACGGCAAUCAACCCCCACGCAGCGGAAGCGACGCCUGGACCAUGACGACCAACCUUAUAUUCCCGAUGUUCAACGCAACGUCAAAGAUCAGACGCCCAAGAAGAGGAAGACCGCGUCCACCUUGGCAUCCUAUGUCAAGUCAAAUGUGAUUCGGGAAGCUGUGGCUGUCCACGGGGCGCCAACAGAGGGUCAUCAACCCAAGUGCCUCAUCUCCGGUGUCAGCGACAAAAUGACAAUCCUCGAGUUCUCCCAUGUCAUGGGUGGCUCCACACCUUCAAAAGAGAUGGAUUGUUUGGAAUGGUCUUGGAAUAGGAAGUACUACAGUCUGAAUGUUGACACGAGGAAGAACCUCCAAAUUAUACGUGUCACUCUCCACCGCUGGUUCGACAUGACAAAAGCGUCCAACCCGGUCGGCUGGUUUUGGCUCCCGGUUGACCUUGAUAUCCUCAGUAAUAUGCAUGCCACCUACGUCGGCAAUGUUUUUAUCUUCCCUGUCCUCCCUGAAGCAAGAGACAAAAUGAAUGUACGGAAGGACCCAGAGUCUUUCUACGGAAGAUCUUGCAAGUUCCGCUAUCAACUUAUCCCUCUUUCUGGUAUGGAGGCCUCGUGGUCAAUCAAACGUUAUACCGGCAACGCUCUUGGCCCAUUCGAUCCCAAUCUCAUAGAGCACAGCGCGUACCCCUUCACCAACCUCCUGCCCAUUGAGCUCCAUGUCCCGUACCACUUUGUCAUCGUCAACACUGGCAAGAAACUCCGCCAACUAUACGGCAUGGAUGCAAUCAACUUUAUGCCCUACGGGGGGAAGGAUGAGGGAGGCCAAGCUCAAGAUGAUGCUGCCGGCUCAUUUGGUGCGAUGGGGCAACAACAGGCUGCUGACGAGUCCCUCGCACCUUGGGACUCAGCUUCUUGUCUCAAGGCUUUUGAGCCUAAGGAUGGGGGAGGCCAGGCUCAAGAUGACGCAUGCGGCUCUUUUGGUGCGAUGAUGGGACAACAACAGGCCGCUGCCGAGUCCCUCACACCUUGGGAAUCGGCUUCUUGCCUCAAGGCUUUCGAGCUUGCCGAUGAAGGGAACGAGGAGGAUGUGGACGAUUCGUUUGUGGAUGACGAGGACGACGAGUAUGAGGACGAGGAGUUCUUUGAGGGCUUGAAGCAGUGGGCGAGCGAUGUAUGGACCGCGACACAUUCUGACAGCGCGUCUGAUUCAGAGGUGACCCUGGUCGGAGGGACCGCGGCACAUGUUUCCUGCAAGAGUCUAGACGUGCCAGCGACUUUGGAAACACCACCGCUUCUUUCCGUCCAGUGA